AUGGUAGAGUACUCGCAACCUAUACGCACCACGGGUGAAAGACUUGGUUCUCUCGUUGGAGCUUCACUUACGACAGUUGGCGACAGCGUCUAUGUCUUUGGCGGAUUUGAUCAAUACACCGAUGAAAUCUUUAAUAAAUUGUAUAAACUUGAGUACAAAGACACAUGCCAUUGGACACAAGUGAUUUAUACAAAAGGAGAGCCACCUAUCAAACGCCACGAUCACUCAGCUACCUUAUGGAACGGAAAUAAAUUAAUUAUUUUUGGCGGCAAUUCUGAAGAAGAUCGAUACUUUAAUGACAUUGUCGUACUCGACCUCGAUACGCUCACCUGGCAUCAUCCAGAGACGGCUGGAUUUAUUCCUGAAGGACGCAUUAAACAUUCGGCAACUAUUUUUGAAGACAAGCUCUAUAUUGCAGGAGGAGUGUAUGCAGACUCGACAUCCUCUUUUGCAGACACCCUACUGGUUUUAAACUUGCAGACCUGGGAAUGGGAAAGACCGAUACCAUUUACGAGACGAGCACAGCAUAUGAGUUUUGUGUAUAACAAAAGAUUGUACCUGUAUGGAGGUCUGCGGGAAGAUAUGAGUCGAUCCAAUGAUUUUACGUUUAUUGAUUUAUACAGGCCCGAUAACAUGACACAACUCGACAUCACGUCAACAUCUUCACCGUCGUUGUUGUUUGGUCAGCGAUUUGCUCAAAUAUGUGGCGAUCAAUUAGUUGUCCUGGUAACCAUACCAUUUAGAGAAGCUGUGAUCACCGCUCCUGCAACUGGAUUAUGGACCUUGGAUUUGUCAUGUAUGCAGUGGCAGUGUCGUGAAUUAGGGGAGCGAUAUGAAACUUGCAGCUGGCACUGUUUUUCAAUGACUGAAAAUGACAAAUACUUUUAUCUGUUUGGCACAAAUGAAGACGACCCCGAAGAAUUCUAUUCGAUGACGCUGCGGGUAGAUCUGGAGGAAGUCGGUGUCGUGCCUGUACCACCUCCACAACUGGGACAUGAUUUGCUUAGGCUAAUGAAAGAAGAAAACAAGAAGGGACAAGAGCCAAACUUUACUAUUUGCUCAUCUAUAGAACCAGACGAACCUGGCAUAUCCGUCCAUCGUCUGAUCCUUCUCGCUCGAUGGCCCUAUUUUGUGAGCCUGUGGGACUCUGGUAUGUCAGAAGCAGUGAAUAACAAGAUUGCGAUUGCUGAACCUUUGUCAACACUCAGAGGAUUUGUAAAGUACCUGUACUCAGAUUCAAUAGAAGACGAAAACGAAUUUCCAACAGAACUGGUUUCUGAUUUGUUAGUAAUGGCUCAUAUCUAUAUGGUGCCUAGACUCUCGGCCCUGUGUGUCAGAAGAUUGUUUAACGAAAUAGAUAUUGAAACAGCAAGUAAAAUCUAUCACAGCGCAAGCCUUUCAGAACAAAAAGGAUUGCAGCAAGCAGCACUGCAUUACAUCUUUCAGCAUUUUGGCGCAGUGUCUCAUACAGCAGCCUUCAGGUCCCUGCCAAGGCCAAUACUAUUUCAAAUAUGGGACUACAUGCCAGAAAAUGCCUCCAUCGUAGGCAGAGGACAACAAGAUAUGUACCAACAAUCCCUUCCAGCAACACAAAUCACAUUUUUAGAAAACGAAAAUAGAGAAGACGACCUUGAGAUGGAUGACUAG